CCACCCGUCAUUCAUCGGGACCUUAAACCGGAUAACGUAUUAUUGGCCCGGGAUGUGAGGAACGGCAGGUUUCUCAAAGUGUCCGAUUUCGGGUUGGCUACCCUCCACGAGCACUCAUCGGCCCACGGAUUGCCCAAAUAUAUCGCACCAGAAGUGCGCAAACGUGGCGUUAAAUAUAACCACAAAAUAGAUAUUUAUAGUUUGGCCAAGAUAUGCGAACUUGACAUAUUUGAUAUUGAUCUGGAUGAAACCACUCCGCAAUCUUAUUCAUCCUAUAAUGAAGUACUAAAUAAAUGUGUCGACAAAUUACGUCACGUAUUGGUAUCAAUGCGUUCAACUGAUCCUGAUAUGAGACCCGAGUGCUCGCAAGUGUUGGACAAAUACCACGAUUGGGCUGUCGAUGAGAAUUGUCUCACAAUUGAUCCCACAUUCGAGUCCACACUUAAACAAAUAAUCACAUUUCAAAAGAAAGGUGUACUUGGACUAUUUCAAGUCUAU